AUCAUUCCUGUCUGGCAGUGGCCCACGCUCGGACGUGUCUCCGUGACCGCUUCUUCGCACCUGCCUAGACUGUAGUUAGUUACACUUACUUAGUUACUAAUUUGCUUACUUAAGCUCGCAGCAAUGAGUUUAGCUGCAGUGUUUAUCGUGCUGUUGUCGCCAUCGGCACUUGCCGGAGCUUUUAUCACUAAUGAUCAGUGCAAACAGAGUGACGAGUUCUUGUGGAACCGGAGUGUGUCGAUAUCGGUGGACUGUGGCUGUCCGCCGCACUUUGUGGCCCUCCGGUCGAACCGGACGACGGCGUCGGAGAUGUGUGUGAUGCUGACUAAGGGGCGGGUUUGGUCCGGGGGUUUGUGCGGGAGUUCUGGGAGUGGGGAAGAUUACUACGAGUUGGCCGUUGACGAACGGAUUGUGUUGAACGAGCUGCUGAGGAAGGCCAAUGUUACCGAGUUCUGGAUAUCGGUUCGGCGCGACGGGGCGUACGGACCUCCGCGGAAGAAACUGCCGGGGGUUGAUUGGGGCAGGCCGCUGAAUUUGGCCGAAGACUACGACGUGGAGUUGCAGCAGACGGCUGGAGAGUGCCUCCUGAUGGACAUUCGACUCAACUACUCCAAGGCGAGGUUCGACGAUUGCAAUCGGACCUACCCCCAACUCUGCAUCUACAAGGCCAAAGAACCACUGCUGCAACUCUACUGUGAAGACCCAGCCGAACUGACCACGCGGUACAGUCACUACCAGGACACGUGCUUCAAAAUCGAUUCCACCCAAACCGUCAACCCAAACACUUCCCUCUACGAAGUGGACAGUCAUCGCAAGUUCCAGCUCUACCACGCCCUGCACCGCCGCUCCAAACUCCACUGUGACCAUACGGUCAUCCGAUCGGCCUCGGUCUCCAAACUCCAAAAAGCCCUGGCUUCGGUCACACCCCGCAUCACCAAAACCUCCGUCGUCGCAAUCCUCAACGACGGAACCAUGGCCCUCGUCGACACCUUCAACUGCGUAGCCUACCAACGCCAAACCCAAAACUUCACCCAAACCCCCCAACUCAGCCUCAACUUUGACCGCGUCCACCGCCGACUCCUCCUCACCAUCACCAACGGCCGCUACCUCUUCCGCGAACGCCCCGACCGUGACCCCGGCGCAGUCUGCUUCACCGACGCCGACACCGACCUCCUAAAGAAGGUCAAAAUCCAACGCAAGCUCUGGCCACCUCCCGGCGCACGUAACUCCCCCGAAGAACCCCAGCAAAUCUACGAGCUCAAAAUGCAGGGCGACUUCCCCGGUCAGUACUGGUGCGAGGGACACGCCGUGCCCAACUUUACCCUCAUAAAAUCCGAGAAGAUUGUCGCCCAGAAAAAGGACGCGGACGUGCACAUUUACGCGGUACAAAUCCGGAUGAGAACGCUCGAGCGGGACGAUUUUCUGCAGAAGAGCUACCUCAAACAGUUGGUGCUCGGUUACGGGGACUACUUGGAUCAGUUUGAGGAUGUGAAGGCGGUGGUGGGACUGUUGAAGCGGAUGCAAGUGAUGCGGGUGGAGGAGGUCGAUGAGGGGAGGAAGAGGCUGACGGUGCUGCUGCACGUUGCCGUGAAGAAUAGUGAGCGGGAGCUGGAGGAUUCGAGUGACGAGGAGGAGGAGGAUUUGACGGGAGCGUUGCCCGACGACAUCCGCAAGCAUUACCGGCUCAAGUACGCCCUGACGGCGAUGUUCACGCGGACCAGCAGCUCGGAGUACCAAUUUUUGGGCAUCAACAGCACCGACGUCUGCCUGCCGGAACGGUUCGACACGGACGGGUUGACGUGGCCAGCGGCCCCCAUCGGCCACACCGUAACGCCCCAUCACCACCUGUGUCUGGUCGAGUCAACGGGCCUGCCGUUGCGUCGAAAGUGCAUUGGAGACCGGACUUACGGAGGGGUUUGGCAGCGUCUUGAAGGUGACCCGGAGAGGUGUUCACAGGCCGUCGGAGCGCAGACCUUGGCUUUGUUCCGGUAUCACUCGAACUUGGAAGGUCAUAUUGAGGAGGUGUUUGGAGAAAUUGAACGGGUUCUGGACGACUCCGCGGUGAAUCUCAUCCCUGCGGACGUGUUCUACCUGUCCGCGACCGUUGAGAACAUCCGGACGACCUUGCUCGGAAACGACUCGAGUGAGAUCGCGGCGGCUGGGAACAAGAGCAACUCGUACUACUGCGGAUUGGCCGGAAUCCUGAGCCGGGUCAUGGACGUGAACGCGUCAGUUGUGUUUCGAUCGCAGGCCGCCCUGAACACCACCAAUAUCCUGCUGGACUCGGCGGACGCCAUCAUCAAUCAGUUAUCUGUGGCCAACGGUUCAGCGGAGUUCCUGAACUCCGGAAGUAGCUUCAGCUGUCACGGUAGAAACAGUCUGGAGGCACCUCGUAACGGGACGCUGCUGUUCAGGACGGGCAAGCUGAUCCUGUUGGUUGCGGAUCCUCAGAUCGACGACAUCUCCGGGAUCGCUCUGCUCAGGAAGAAUGACACCGAGGACGGUGACUUUGAUUCCUACGACACGAGAUUACUAACCGUCGAUGAGUCCGAACAAGACCUCCUAACCUUACCGAACCUCGAAAUAGCCGCCUUCGUGCCGCGAUCGCUGCUCGAAAAGAUCGAGCAGCUCCAGUCGGGAAUGAACGAGAAUCUCAACGCAACCACCAACGCCACCGAACCCCUCCGAGUCGUAAUCUCAAUCUACUUCAACGAUCACAUCUUCCGCGAGACCACCAACGGAACGAUCUCCCGCGCCAACAGCAAGAUCAUCAGCGUAACGAUCCCCGGCUACGGGUCGGACUUGCCCGGUGAGCUGCCGAUCUUCCUGCGCGAAGCGGACGCCAAUCAGAGCAGCGUGUGCGGCUUUUGGGACUUUGAACCCAACGGGGACGGGGUUGAAGGGUCCAAGUGGUCAUUCAGGGGGUGCACGCUGGCGGAGCAGGUCGACGAUGUUGCGCUGUGCAGGUGUUCCCACCUGACGUCGUUUUCGAGACUCUGCUCGGACGUGCAGAUCGUGGAGAACGUCUCCGUGUACCAGGUCUUUGUGGGUCAACAGAACAACAUGGUUCUGACGGUGAUUUCCGCGAUCGGAUGCGCGCUUUCCCUACUCGGAGUGGCCAUGAUCUUCGUAACCGCGAUCUUAUUCCCCUCCUGGAGAACCACAGCCAACGCGAACAUCCUACUCCAGCUUUCAUUCGCGAUCGCGUUCGAAAUGAUCAUCUUCACCUUUGACGGACCAGACAUCGACUACUCCCGACCAGACACCAAGAUCGGCUGUACCCUACUAGGAGCAUCCUUCCACUACAUCAUCCUGGUCACGUUCAUGUGGAUGCUGGUGAUCGCGUACCUUCAGUUCAUGCGAUUCGUCAAGGUCCUCGGCCGCUUAAGACCUUCGCACUGCAUUCUCAAAGCAACGAUCAUCAGCUGGGGAUUCCCACUAAUCCCCGUCCUGAUCUUCGCCUCCUACGACAACACCCUGUACCACAAACGCGACAACAUCUCCGAUAUUUGCUACCCCCACGGUAUCGCCCUAACAUAUGGUCUCCUACUCCCAAUCGGUCUCGUCCUCAUCGCCAACGUAGCCAGCUUCCUCCUAAUCGUUUACAACGUGUUCCGCAUCCCGGACAACCUAACCCGCUCCCUCGACAAAAGCAUGACCCUGUCCCAACUCCGACUCUCGAUGUUCCUCUUCUUCCUGCUCGGACUGCCCUGGAUCUUUGGCAUGAUGGUGGCCGUCGGCGCCGGCAGCAUCUUCUCCUACCUGUUCUGCCUGACCGCCCCGCUACAGGGCUUCAUCAUGUUUGUGUACUUUAUCCUGAUGGAACCCACCACCAGAAGACUUUGGCUCAACAAGCUCGCCGAAAUGGUGGGCGAUAAACCCAAGAAGAACACCUUUAACGAAUCUAUUAAAACUACGACCCUCAAUUGAGAACCUGCUGGAUGUUUGGAUGUUUUCGGUGUGAGAAAUAAAUGGCCGCUUUGGAUGUCUACACUGUA